AUGGUCGACCUGCGCUGCAUCGGAUAUGUGUCCUACAAAUUAGAUCUUCCUCCCUCUUCAAAAAUCCACCCUAUUAUUCAUGUGUCCCAGCUUCGCAUCUAUCACGGUUCAGAUCCACCCAUGAAUUUUUCUCUUUUACCUCGCGGUUUACUACCUGAAAAUCAAGAACCACUUCAUGUUACUAGUACUCAACAACAAAACAACUUAGAAGACACAAACCAACAAGAUACCUUAGUCAAAGAGACUACCAUCAAAAGGUUUGAUAAAGGUAAGAGAGUUGUUUCUGUCACGCCUACAGUGGUGGUUGACAUGGCGGAUGAAGGCUAUGAUGUUUUUGCAUGCAUAAUUCCGAGGAUUUCUCGGCAGAGGAACUCACCACUUGUAUCUCAGAAAGAUGAGUAG